UUAAUAAUAGAAGUUCAUUUGUUGCAUCGUCGUUUGUGGAAAAAAGUAUGCUUGUCUUGACAUUAAUUUUUGUUCAAUUGUUAUUUCUACAUGCUUGCUGCGGUUAUGUAGAUGACUCAUCUCACGAUGGGCCUUGGUAUGGUGGUUUAUUUUGGAAUUUACUUGGCUAUGCUACGGUCAUUGUGCCAGGAGCAAUAUUAAUCCGUUUAGUGAAGAAUUCAAACUUCAACGAGAAAGCGGGACGAGGUUGUCUAUUUAAGAUCAUUCAAAUCUUCGUGUAUGGUGCUCGAGAAGAAAAACAAAGCUUAGAAGAAGAUGCAUCUCGAGCUAUCAAUGGAAAGGAGUCUUCACUUGGUGCAACUACCCUAAAGUUGAUAUUUUGUGCUGUUGGCCUUCAAAGUUCAUAUCGUACAUGGGGAGUUGUGCAAGAACAGAUUUUGACGCAAACAUACGAUGAGCUUACGGAUGAUGGAAUCUUAAACAAGGUGGGUUUUUUCACUCUUUGUCACUAAUGACUCUACAUCCUCAGUUAUUACAUCAAGUUUUUCUCCUCUCUAUGACCGCUGCUACUGGACAAUUGUUUAUAUUUUAUACUAUCAACAACUUUGGUCCAAUUGUUUUUGUUAUAAUAAUGACAACAAGAAUGAUUCUCAGUAUUGUA